UAAGCGACUGUAAAGCUCCUGCUGCGGCUGGCUGUAGUCUAUCGUAAAGAUAAUUCUACUUCACCUGGAAUCAUGUCUGGAAGAGGCAAAGGUGGUAAAGGUCUCGGAAAAGGAGGCGCUAAACGUCACCGUAAAGUUCUUCGUGAUAACAUCCAGGGAAUCACUAAACCCGCCAUCCGUCGUCUCGCUCGCCGCGGCGGAGUCAAGCGUAUCUCCGGUCUGAUCUACGAGGAGACCCGCGGUGUGCUGAAGGUGUUUCUGGAGAACGUGAUCCGUGAUGCGGUGACCUACACCGAGCACGCCAAGAGAAAGACCGUCACCGCCAUGGACGUCGUGUACGCUCUGAAACGACAGGGACGCACUCUGUACGGCUUCGGAGGUUAAAUUUGUCUACUUCAAUAAAAUCCAAAGGCUCUUUUAAGAGCCACCCACCUUUUCAAAAAGAGUGCUUUUCAUAAUGUUUUGUUAAUGAAAGAUUUAACACAAACACAGCGUGAACUGAAUAAAAUUCUUCGAAGUGAAAGUUUUUGCACAGUGACAUGGAUGCGUUUUAGAUAAACUUAUUCUUGGUGGAUUAACUGACUUUAAUGUUUUGUCACCCGUGUUAAUUUGAGUAAAUCAGUGGGUAAUGCAAUAAAAAGUGUGUGUG